GGAUACUCCGGGAUACACCGGGAUCGGCCCCGGGAGCGGCCGGAGAGACUCGGGGACCCCCCGUGCCCGCCCCCCCCGGGUGGGAUGGAGGCGGCCGAGGGGGGGGCGCCGCCCCCGAAGCCCCCCCAGAUCGGGGAGGGGCAGGACGUGCUGGCGCGCUGGACGGACGGGCUGCUCUACCUGGGCGUCGUCAAGAAGGUGGACGCCUCCCGCCGGGGCUGUCAGAUCCAGUUCGAGGACAAUUCCCAAUUUUUCGUUCUCUGGAAGGACAUCAGCCCCGCGGCCGCGCCCGGGGGGGACCCCGCGUGCUGCGUGUGCGCCGGCGACGGGCGGAACCCCGAAAAUUCCCUGGUGCGCUGCGGGAAGUGCGGGCACGCGUACCACCAGCGCUGCCACGUGCCCCCGGCCCCGGGCGGCGCCGGCCCCUGGAGCUGCCGCCGCUGCGUCUUCGCCGUGGCCACCAAGCGCGGCGGCGCUCUCCGUCGGGGCCCGCAGGCGCGGGCGAUGCUCCGCAUGAAGUCGGUUCUCCCGUACGCGCUGGGGGCGCUGGACUGGGACCCCCCGCACCUGCACAACCUCCAGCACUGCUACUGCUACUGCGGCGGGCCCGGACAGUGGAACCUGAAGAUGCUGCAGUGCCGCCGCUGCCGGCAGUGGUUCCACGAGGCCUGCACGCAGUGCCUGACGCGGCCCCUGCUCUACGGGGACAGGUUUUACGUGUUCGAGUGCAGCGUCUGCCGGGGCGGCGCCGAGAGCGUCCGGAGGCUGCCCCUGCGCUGGGUGGACGUUGCCCACCUCCUCCUGUACCACCUCAGCGUUUGCUGGCGGCGCAAAUAUUUCGACCUGGAGCGGGAGAUCCUGCCCUUCGCCAACCGGCACUGGCACGCGCUGCGCCUCGGAACGCUCUCGGCCACUCCGCGCUCGCAGCGGCAGCGCCGCCUGCUGGGGGCGCUCAGCAGCCACAAGGACCGGUUCGUGUCGGGCCGGGAGAUGAAGAAGCGCCGGGGGCUCUUCGGGCUGCAGAGCCGCGCCCCGCCCCCACUGCCCCCGGGGCUGGGAGACCCCGCCCACUGCGAGACAGGCCACGCCCACUGUGAGACAGGCCACGCCCACAACGGGACAGGCCACGCCCACGAAGGGACAGGCCACGCCCACAGCGGCACAGGCCACGCCCACAGCGGGGCAGACCCCGCCCACAGCGGGACAGGCCACGCC